AUGGCGAUUGUGGAUGAGUUUGUGACUGGUGUGAGACCGUCAGUGGACACCAUCUACCCUUCUUAUCCGACGUAUCCUUCCCUUGGGCUUCACGGGCAGCCUUGGGGCCAGCCUUGGGGAGACACACCCUACCAGGUGCUCCCCUCACAUCUCAAUCGGCUGCUUUACGGCAGCCUGACUUUGUCAGAGUCCGUGUCCGAGAAUGGCUCGGAGGACUAUGGGAGCUCCGUUAGUGGAGAUGUAGGUCGCAUGGAGUUGAAUGGCAGCCCGUCCUCAAAUGUGACGAUAAGGCCUCCUCCCGGCCUAAGCCAGGACAUCGGUGAAGUGGCAAAGGUUUACCCAGUGAGCCAGCUUGCCUCAUGCGGUCUACCCUUCCUGCCUUCUCCAAGCGGCUUCGCCAACAAGAAGAUUACCGCCCCCCCACCCCCCCACCCCACUCCUUCGAGCACCAAGCCACAAGCGGCGUUCCAGAUUUUCAAUUUUGCCGUAAUCUUCAAAGGCUACGACCUGGAGAAGCAUGCCGCCUUCGAGCUUGUCCCUCGCUUGAUCGGCCGCAAUGCCGACAACAUGAAGAAAAUCUACAAGACUGGGGCCGGCGCACGCGUUCGUGGUCGCGGGAGUGGCUGGAAGGAAGUCAAGUCACCCCAUGGCAACUGCGAAAGGGAUGAAGAACCGCUCCAGUUGGCUGUUUCGUGCCGUUCGGGGGAGAUCAGGGAAGCGGCGCCCCUGGAACUGAUGGGGGAAAUAGCUUUAAAGUUCUUUGGGCCCUAUACAACAUUUCAUGACCCUAUAAAGUCUUUGUGCAACCCUUUAUAUCCCUAUAUGCAACUCGUCCCAGGUUCAAGGAGACAAUGGUGCUGGUGA